AUAAAUUUCUUCCAUUCUUUAAUGUUUAUCACGACUCCAACGCUCCUCAACUCAUCGACCACUGCGCCAUCUCUCAACCUUUUCCAUUAAAGAAAUGUCGCCCAAGAGAUUGUUCUGCGAAACAGAGCCGUGUUUAGAACAGCCUUUUGAGAAGAAGCGCCCGCGUCUGACGUUUGCGUCGAUAAUCGGGGAUGUGGUUAUGGUUAAUUCCCAAAAUCAUUUGUUGAAAGCAUUGGAGCCCUUGCUUAGACGAGUGGUGAAUGAGGAAGUUGAUCGAUGUUUAUUGCGAUAUUCAAGGUUGUUACCUAGGGCAUCUUCGUUGAGGAUUCAGGCUCUCGAGCCUUCCAGUUUCUUAUUGUAUUUUGUGAAUAAUCUUCCCUCUACCAUUUUUACUGGAAGUAAGAUUACAGAUGUUGAAAGUCAGCCACUCCGGAUCGCCGUCGAGGCCGGCGCGGAUAAUCCGGCAUUUCAGGUAUAUUCGGCCAUGAAAAUUGAAAUUGUGGUACUGGAUGGCGACUUUGCAAGCGGCGAUAAACAGGAUUGGACGGCGGAGGAAUUCAAUGCCAGCAUUGUGAAGGAGAGGUCUGGAAAGAGGCCGCUGCUUCAUGGUGAAAUGAACAUAACUCUCCGCGACCGCGCUGCAACCAUCGGUGACAUUGAAUUCACCGAUAACUCAAGUUGGAUUCGGAGCCGGAAAUUCCGGCUGGGUGCCCGAAUUGUUGACUGGUCAGAUUCUGAUAAGAAUCGCCCCCGGAUCCGGGAAGCCAUAACCGAACCGUUUGUUGUCAAGGAUCACCGCGGAGAAUUGUACAAGAAGCAUUAUCCACCAAUGCUGCAUGACGAAGUUUGGAGGCUGGAGAAGAUAGGAAAAGAGGGAGUCUUUCACAAGAAAUUAAGCAAUUACAAUAUCAAGACAGUUCAAGAAUUCUUAAAACUCUUCACAAUUGACCCACAAAAGCUAAGAAGGAUUUUAGGGGUAGGAAUGUCAGAAAGGAUGUGGAAAGCAACGGUGAAACACGCAAAGACUUGUGAAUUGGGAAACAAGGUGUAUAUGUUCCGUGCACCUAAUGUCCUGCUGAUCUUGAAUCCUAUUUGCGAAGUCGUAAGAGCCAUGAUCGAUGACCAAAUCUACUCAUCUCCAGACCUUCCUAAUAUCCCCCGGGAGUAUUUGAAUAAUUUGAGUAGACAAGCGUUCGAUAACUGGCAUUCGUUACAAGACUUUGAAGGCAAUUUCAGAGAACCUCCCCUAAUAACACAAGGUAGAUUGGAAAUGAAGAAGCCAGUGAUCAUAUAAUUAGAAAAUCAUUGUUUCGAAGUUGCGAGUUGAUGAGGGAAGAAGUUGAAUUCCGAGAUUGGAAUUCAAAUUCAGAUCAGUUUAUUUCUACACCAAAUUUUCAUUAUAAUUAUGGAUAGGCACCAGAUUUUGGUUACCAAAUUAUAAUUAAUACGCUCCUAUUAAUUUGUUUUCGUAUUUUCUAUUUUCUAUUUGUAUAUUUGGACAUUGAAUUAAUGCCGAAGCGAUAAUUGAUGUU